AUGCAUUCUCCACUACGGUUAUCCUUGUUCGGUGUCUUUCUGACGUAUCUGGCUAGCUGUCAUGCUACUACUGAUUCUCUUGGAUCGGACUAUCGGAUUGACGUCCAUUCCCAUGCAAUACCAUCCAUUUGGACGCAAGCGAUGAUUUCAGAAGGAUUCACCGUUGAGAAUGGCACUCUGUAUAAUGACGGCGCCCCUGUCCCUGAAUGGUCGCUGGAGUCGCAUAUUAGCGCCAUGGACAGCCUUGGUGUGAAUUACUCAACCAUAAGCAUCACCGCCCCCGGCGUGUCAUUUAUCAAAGAAGCCGGCAAAGCUCAGUCGUUAGCCCGCCGAAUUAACCUUCAGCUUCAUGAAUAUACCCAAAGUUACCCAACUCGUCUCGGAGCACUCUGUCUUCUCCCUCUUCCGCAUUUUUGUCUAGAUACCCUCAAAUUCGUCGGUGUAGGCCUGUACACGAACGCUCACGGUUUGUACCUGGGUGACUCCGCCCUUGAUCCCGUUUUCUCGGCCUUGAAUGCAAGAAAUGCUAGCGUCUUUGUCCACCCAGCUUCUCCAACCUGUACUUCCGUUGCUUUGGGCCAUCCUAUGCCAAUGACCGAGUAUCCCUUCGACACCGUACGUGCAAUGGAGAAUUUGCUCCUCACAGGCCAGCGUGCCCGUUAUCCGGAUCUCAAGAUAAUAUUUUCUCAUGGCGGUGGUGCAAUACCCUAUCUAGCCAGCCGCAUUGCAGGUGUCGCAUCACUAUCCUACGCGGGCGGGGUGGCGUUUACUGAAACUAUGAGCCAGCUUGCUGGGUAUUAUUUUGAUCUCGCUAGCGCGACAUCUGUUAUCCAGCUGACAGCGCUCAAAAGUCUUGUUGGCGCUAAGCAACUUGUGACCGGGAUUGACUAUCCAUAUGUUCCACUCGCGCAGGCAGAGCCGGGACUAGCUGGGAUCCAGAAAAAUGGCAAUUUCACCAAUGCAGAAAUGGGCCGUAUCAAAUACCAAAACGCCUUGGAGAUAUUUCCACGAAUCUCCGAUGUGCUGAAUUUUUGA